AGGGCGGAGCCACCGCAAGGCCAGCCCGGGCAAGAUGGCGGCGGCCGCGGCGCUGAGGGGCGGCGGGAGGGCGGCGACGCGCCAGGUGUUGCGGCUGGAGGCGCGCGGGCUCUGCACGAAGCCGAACAAACCAACCGGGACGGCGGCGCCGCCGAAGAUUCCUCCAGGCUGCUGUUUGGCUGGGUCAGGCUGUGCAGGGAGUCAGACCUCUUCCAGAGGUGGCUUCCCAUCCUCCUGCUUCCCUCUGCUCUUCCUUCCUACCCUGCACCUUCCAUCUGACAGAGAGAAAUGUAGUGGCACCACAGGGAAGCACCAAGCUGCUUGCCAUCAAGGCACCAGGUGAAUUUCCUAAAAUGUUGUCUUCUAGCUCUCCCUUGCUCUCCACAGACAAAGGUGAGAGCGUAUCUAGUACCAGCCUCGAGGAAGCUUCCAAACCUGCCGAAGACACGAGGAGGUUCAUGUCAAGAAAAACUGUGGUUGCGUUUCCUCAGCGAGGAGUUGUCUCCUCCUCUGAGGAGGAAAACCUCACUGCACCUGCAACAGGAGGCUGGAGGAAAGGGUUGGUCGAGGAACAAACUUCGUCUUCAUCCAGCUCAGAGUCAGAUUCUAGCUCAGAUUCUGAGGAAGAAAACGAGGAUUCACGAGUGGCUGUUAAAACUAAAGUUGAGUUUCCUAAGCGAGAGCCCGUCUUUUCUGAGAACAUAGCAGUAAAGGCAUCAAUGCUAGCAAAAGAGAAUUUGUUCCAGAGAUCCCACAAAGAGUAUGGACUUAAGAAGCUGACACGCCAACCGGAAAUAAUUGUCUCUCCUGUAAAGCAGGUCAAAUUUUCUAAAACAUCAGUCAGACAGGAAGCAUCAAAAUCCAAAGCAAGAGACCCUGAAG